CUGGGCUGGUGGCAAGCUUCCAGCCCAGUUGUUGUUUUCUGCGCAAACCGCAAUCGCAAAGCUGCGAUGCCAGCGGUGCCAUGGGCCAUCAACCCCCCGAGGCGACUUAUGCUGAAUUUGCCGGACGACGAACCACGGAAUGGCUUCAAGGGCGAAGCGCUGACCAGUACUUCAGCAUCCGCACUGUCUAUCGCGGCCGCAACGAAGUUGCCGUGCGACGACGGUCACUUGUCCGUUUUCACUGGCCGCAUGGCAUCGCGACCACAGCAUUCAAGCUGCAUCGAGGGACGACAUCGCCUUUCGUCGGAUGAUUCUUUAUGUGGAUCUCGCCCAAGAUGCCGUGGAAGGCUCGGCAGACAAACGUGUUUCCCCGGCAGCGCCUUACAACGUCUACAGGUUCCUCCCGUUGAAUGCAGCGGCGCAAUUUGUGAUGAUGGCUGGAAAACUGGAUCAACUGAUCGCAACGCACGGAGGCGUAGUGUGGACGGACCCGAAGCAGGGACGCUCGAGAAGUUGUCGACGUAGAUGUGUACAUGGCAUUGUUAUGAGAACGAGAUUCGUUCCUUCACACGUCGGGACCGAUUCCGGUACCUGCCACGACCAGCAUUGAUUUCCUCGUUUGUAGAGGUGUCGAUUUGAGCGGUCCAAGAUGAAAUGCAUGGAGCGCAAUCCAGCAGCACUGGUGGCACAUCCUUCGCGCCGUGUCAGAGUCGCGUGGUGGGUGUACCAGCGCCUCGUGCCGUUUUCAGUCAGCGACGGAUUGUAUCAAUUUAUACAAGUAGUUGUUGUUAGAUGUCCCAGCACUGCGGUUCCCUCCUUCUGUUUGAAAUAUCAAGUUUCAACGGUUUUUCCGCCCAUUACAUUGCGAAUCAUUCAGUUCUAUUUCUUGGUUGACGCACAACGCGUUGCAGCGCUCGCGAUGGGAAGUUGUGCUGAAAGGAACCAGCGGUACUACCUCAAAAACCGGGAGGCGAUUUUGAAGCGCCGUAAGGAGCGCAGGGAAAAGAGGCGCGAGCUCGGAAUCCAGCCACCCCGUCGGCGAAAAAAUGACCCGCUGGAGGACGGACCACGCCGUGGUCAGCCCGGCAAGAAGUGGUUGAAAUCCUCCGCCGCCAUGGCUGCAACAGAUACCAAAGAGAAAAACGAACAGGAAGCAGCCAGGCGCUGUGAAGAAGAACUGAUGAAGCAGAAGCUGAGAGACAUCGACGGAGAAGACAAAUACACGGGGUAUGAAUCCCGAGUGGCCAUUUUGAAGGCGAACGAACCGACCAUCGUCGCCGAAAUCGACGAAAUGAUCAAGCGGCACCAUGGCGUAUUGUGGAAAGACCAACCCUUGUUCAACCCAUGGCGUCAAGCCCUUCACGUGGAGGUGUAGAGCCAACGUUGGUUAGAAUGCAUGAUUCAUCUCCUCGAUCUGUGAAGUGAGCUCGGAAGUUACCCAUCGUCACGGCGCUGUUCGGUGCUAUUGCAAUGAAAGAGGUAUUAGGAGGCGUCCAGACGCC